AUGUUUAGCGCCGCUUGUACUGGAAAGGAGUCGUCGGAACCGUGGACGUCGCCAUCUGCAGCACAGAUCAACUUCCCGUCCAUCAACGCGGCGUUGCCGGAGCUGAAUAGCCCACCACUAUCACCACCGAGCCUAAUGCAGCGCGGUCCUCAGCGCAGCAUUGCCAAGUCAUCUGCGUUGCGGCUAAUCACCAACUUUGGCGAUGCCAGCAACCAGACGCGGGCACAGAUCUUUUCCAACGAUGGUGACGGUGCUACCCCGAUUGCUGCGGGCGUGACACCCAUUGCUGUCUCGGCCAUCUCGCCUGGUCUGAACGAUACCACAACCGCCUUCCUGCGACCCUCACAGCGUAGUGUCUUCAACACACCCAGUUCGGCCCGGCCUACUGUGGGUGGAUUCGGCCGGCAGCGACUGCCGUCCAUCGGUGAAGGUCCUCAGGGAGCUCAAGAUGCCAACCACCCUCGCAAUGUCCUUAAGGGUGUCUCAGACGCUCUGGGUCUGGCAGCACAGCCUACAGAGAUCAUGGACGCUGCGGCGCACCCGGCUGUCCCUCAAAUGAUGCAGGUUGACAAUGGCAACAACCUGGCAAUCGGCAUGGCUCUUCCGAGAGCGUCAACAUCCAGUCCUCUAUACCGCCGCAAGGAACAGCCCCCUCCGUCGCCGUCGCCCGCAUCGCUAGCUGCGCUGAUGGACGGCCGUCACAGCCGCAACGGACCGCGCGACCGCAUCCCUGCCGGAAUUGAUCUGCAGCUGGCACCGGUGGCGCCAGAGGUCAUUAUGGACAUGACAUCACCCGAGCAGACGGGUGCCUCAUCCAACCGGUACCGUUGGCCCUCUCGUCGCCGCGGUCCGGCGUCGGUGAGCAGCUCAGUCACGUCCAACUCGAGCAUUGCCCACGGUGCGCGCAGUCAUCGUUACCGUACAGGUGAUGUGCCCAACACGAGCAAGACACUAGAUGAGUACAUUAACAGUCUCGAGGUGAUCAAUGCUAAGGCGGCGCGCUCGAGCAGCAAGGACCGUCAUCACAGAUCACGCGACGUUGGCCGCCAGCGCCUCCCAUCUGUUGCCACGCCCUCUGCUUCGUCCGUCUCCACCGUGACGAGCCAUUCGCGCGAGCCGUCUACAAAUACAGAUGUGCGCGAGUGGGUUCAGACGCGCAGCCGUGCCGGUUCCAAGACCGGCGGCAACCGCUCCCCGCGUUCUCCUGUGCCCAUGUCGCCUGAAGAUCUCAUCAGCCUUUCUAGCACACCACGGAUGUUUGCCCGCGACGAUCCUGCUCUCGAUAAAGACAUGGGCUCGUUGGCGGCGCAGAAGACGGGUUCGAAGUCGUCGGCUGUGCCACCACCGGUGUCCACGCAGCUUUCUUUGCGCCCAUCCUCUAAGUCGCGCCCGUCUAGCCGUGCAUCCAGCCGUGGCCGUUCCACGCGCAACCGCAGCCCCGACCGGCAGCCACUGACGCUAGACAUUCCUCGUGGUCGGAACUCGAGCCGCACGGCAUCUGCUAUCCGCUCCCCGUCGUCUCCACUUCCGUUCUCGAACAACGCGGCCCAGUACCAGGAUGAAGAGGACGAAGAAGACUACCGAAGAGCCGUCGAUGAGCAAGAAAAGUUCCGUAACCGUGACCGCACGUCUCACCGCGGCCGCAGCUCCAGCCAAGGCCGCCGCGAUGCCUCGCCUAACUCGGUUCGCGCCCGUGAGCGGUCCCGUAGCCGGCGGCGCCCGACACCCGAUGUGGCCACAGCCGCUGCACCGUCCGCCUCGUCACGCAAGGACCGUACCCUCACAGGUCCGCCUCCGGCAAAGUCAGCCAUGGCUGUGGCUGCUGGCGGCUUUGACCGCUACCCGGCCUCGCAGCAGUCUCUGGGCGAGGAGCUUGGCAGACGUCGUACGCAGUCGGCCACGGCGAACCGUGGUGAUCUACGCCAGCUGAGCAAGGAUGAGCGUGCGCAACGCAAGGCUGCCGCCGCACGCGAAUUGGAAGAACGUCGCAAGUCGCUUGUCCGGCAUCCGAACGCUCCCUCGAUCUUGCACCCAAACUACCUGUCUCCGGGCCUGAAUCAGAACUUUGGGCAGAUCUCGGAGGUGCCGGAGCUGGACUCAGAUGUUUACUCGCGCCCCAAAGACCUCCCUAUGCGCAGCCAGUCCACCGAGCCCAACGCUAAGCACUCUUCCUCGUCCACUCGGGUCCGCAGCAUGUUUGCGCCCCGUGGUCACCAGUCCAUUGGCCUGCCCGCGACGCCCAAAGCCAUGCGCCUGGUCCUCGAGCCGGGUGCUGGCGCUGGAUCGUCCACGCCGCCGAGCGUGCCACCCAUCCCGGCAGUCUACGGCCACCAACGCUCGUCAGGUUCGGUUGGCCACUCAUCUCCAGAGACCAAGUCGUCGACUAAGAAGCAGGCUGAGGCUACGCCUGCACCGCUCACACUCAGCGCAACCACCUACAACCUCCGAUCGGAAGUUCCACUUGCCCCCAAAACGUCAGUUCCGACCAAAUCCUCCGAGGACACGCUUACCCUCUUGCCGUCGACUGUGUACCAGCCGCCGUCGCUCAGCCGCGCAGCCAUUCCUCGCUCCAUGUCUGCACCACCUCAGGAACUGGUCUUCCAAAAGGGGUCUGCGUCGCAGGAUUUUGCCGCCUCGCGCAAGGCCAGCCGCGAGAAGAAUCCUACGAUUCCCGAGUCGAGCAACGACGACGCUGAUUUAGCUGGCACCCUGUCACCCAGCGUCUAUCGUCGCCCGUCUCUGGACAACUUGCUUCCUCCACCUCCCCCACCCCUACCAGCGCCGCCCAUGCUGAAAGAGCUUGCCCAUCUGGCCGUCCCGCCGCCACCUCCUCCUGCGCCUCUCCCUUUUGGCUCGAGCCUGAACCAAGCUCCCGUUGUAUACGGAGGCCACACCACGGGCACCAUUGAAGUGGUGACGGAUGACGGCGAUAUGCAGCCGGUUGUCACGGUCUCGCCGCAAAUUGGUGGCAGCGCCCCGUCGCAUACCAACCACCCGUCGUUGCCGCCUCCGCCGCCUAUGCCGCCCGCACCCCCAGCUGCUCCGGAAACCCUGUCGCCUUCACGCAACGGACACCAGCGCGGCCGCAGCAGCACCGACAACAGCAUUGCGGGUCGGAUCUCGCGUGCCACCGAACGUAUACGGUCUGCAAGCCGUGGAACCAACAAUGCGGCCUCUCGUACAAAGUCGCCCGAGAUUACCAUGGUGCCGUACGAGAGCAUUCAUAUCCCACAGUCGCAGAAUACGGGCUAUUCGCCGUACGAGAGCGUGCCGCUGCCGAGCAGCUUUGCCGUACGCAAUAGCCCACCGCAACAGUACCCGCAUGAGAUGCAGCAGCUGACGCAGCAACAGCUUGCCCAGCAACAGCUACAGCUGCAGCAGAUUGAGGCCCAAAACCAGAUGCGUACAGGUCUCCACCAGAGCGAGAUGAUUUAG